GAAAUAUUAAAUAAUAAAAAUGGUCUUAGCAGAUUUAGGAUCCAAGCUAUCGCAAACAUUAAAGAAGAUUACCUCAGCAUCGAAGAUUGAUGAUGUCUUCUUAACCGAAGUUUUGAAUGAGAUUACAAUGGCUCUGCUUUCAGCAGAUGUCAAAUUUGAGCAUGUUGCUAGGUUGACUACUAGCGUGAGAACCCAAGUAACCCUUUUCAUGAAGAAAGAAGGAAAGUAUACCAACAUGAAAUAAAAUAAUUCGACAGACUGUGGUAGAGGAGCUUACUAAUAUCCUAAACACAGAGAAAACUCCUUAUGAAUUUAAGAGAGGAAAAAGUCAAGUGGUCAUGUUUGUUGGGCUUCAAGGAGCAGGAAAAACAACCACCACAACUAAGUUUGCCUAUCAUUAUAUCCGUAAGGGAUGGAAAGUAGCUCUCGUCUGUUGUGACACCUGGAGAGCUGGUGCCUUUGACCAGCUCCAGCAGAAUGCUGCUAAGAUUAGGUGUGCUUUCUACGGUAAUCCAAAGGAGAAAAAUCCAGUGACAAUUGCUUCUGAAGGAGUUGAAAUUUUUAAGCAAGAAAAAUAUGAGAUUAUCAUUGUUGAUACCUCAGGUAGACACAUGCAGGAAGACAAACUGUUCGAGGAAAUGAAAGAAAUUAAUGAAGCUAUCGAUCCAGAAGAAAAUGUCUUUGUUAUGGACGGAUCUAUUGGUCAAGCUUGUUAUGACCAAGCCCUUGCUUUCAGAAGUGCUGUUAAUGUAGGAUCUGUCAUUAUUACAAAACUCGAUGGUCAUGCUAAAGGAGGUGGUGCUCUUAGUGCAGUUGCAGCUACAGACAGUCCUAUUAUAUUCCUCGGUGUUGGAGAAACUUUCGAUGAUCUGGAGCCAUUUGAGCCUAAGAGUUUCAUUAAAAGAUUGCUCGGACUAGGUGAUAUUUCAAGCUUGUUUAAAACAGUGUCUGAUGCUAUACCUAAAGAGAAGCAGACUGAGCUCGCUAAGACUCUCAAAGAAGGAAAGUUCACACUCAGAAAUAUGAAGGAUCAAUUCCAAAGCGUUUUAAAUAUGGGUUCUCUCGGAACAGUAAUGUCAAUGAUCCCUGGAAUGAAUUCAAAUAUGAUUCCAAAGGGAAAAGAGAAGGAAGCAUCUGCAAGAAUCAAGAAAUUCCUGUACAUGAUGGAUUCUAUGACUGAGGCUGAGCUUGAUAGUCUCAAACCUCUAAACCCCAGCAGGAUUAGAAGAAUUGCUAGAGGCUCUGGAACUUCAAUUUCUGAGGUUUCUCAGCUGAUCGAAGAAUACAAGAGAUUUUCAAAAAUGGUUGGAAAGAUGUCGAACAUGCAGGAUCCUAAAGCAAUGGCCGAAAUGCAGAGAGAUCCAAAGAAAAUGAUGCAGAAUUUGUCUGGUGCUGUAGAUCCUAGAAUGCUCAAGCAACUAGGAGGAGCAGGAAAUUUGAUGAACAUGAUGAAGGGCCUUGGAAAUAUGGAAGGAAUGGAAGGUAUGGAAGGCAUGGAAGGCAUGGAAGGAAUGAUGAAUAUGCUAGGCAGAGGAGGCCGUGGUGGCAUGAGAGGAAGAGGUAUGCGAGGAAGAGGCAGAAGAUAA